GGCACAGAUCCCACCAGACCGACCCUAUUCGCCAUCAAGGGGAUAGUCUUCGACGUGAGCAGGAAUCCCGCUUUCGCGCCGGGGGGUUGUUAUCACAGUACGCGCCAUUUACAUUCCUUGCCAAGAUGCGACUCUUCGCGUGCACUGGCUCGUUCAACCUUCCACAAGUCGUCUUGUACAGCCGAGUUUCAUCAUCUCGGGGAGCAAGAGCAGACGAUUCUUAAUGAGUGGUUUGAGUUCCAUAUGAAGCGGUACAGGAUUGUGGGAAGAUUGUCAUGUGACAGUGACUGGCAGGGUGAUCAAUCUUACUGUGAGACUCUGAAUCGAGAUGAUAAUAUAUUUUGA